UCAUUCGACGUAUCAAUAUGGGUGGGGACGGUGGGUCUGUUGGCGGUCACCACACUGGCGCUGUGGCUCAUCCAUCGCAGCAAGCGUCAUGUACCCUGGGACAUGGUCUCUCUCCCCGACAUCUUCUUCAUGCUGUUCUCCUGCAUCGUACAACAAGGUAUGGUCCACUAUAACACGCUUAGGACAGUUUGUCAGUCAACUUGAAAUGAGAUGAUGAAGGGUAAAACCAAUUGUUUGUACAUGGUUAGUUUGAGUAUAUGGUCAUAUCAACCACAAGUCUCUGUUUAUUAUUUUUUUUACUAUUAAGUCUUAUCUUACUCUAACAAGUUCAUUAAGUUUUCCAUUAUUAUCACAACUUUUAUCUUCUGGGUCUUCCAGUGUUUUAUUCGUGUCUUACAGGAAGCCACAAAAAAGACCAAUUAAUUUGUUGCUAAAAUUCAUUAAAUAACAAAAAAAAAACAAUCCUACAUUUAAUAACAUUUAAUUUUUCUGUCAUUGCAUAAUGGGUUUAUAACUAAUAUAUAUUAAAGACCAGUUAUAUUACCUUCAAUCACUCCUCCAUUUGAAUCUUUGUACUGUAGUAAACUGAAAUGUAAUUCUCUCUUUAUUCUCUGUCUACAACAUAUUAUUACAAGCAACAUUAGGAUAUUUAAUACAAUAUUUCUAUCAGCUCUACCUCUUGACCAGAAGUAUUCUUACCUCAGUAGGCUACUUUGAUGAUAUGUUUUUGUAUUGCACUCUCACUGAUCACCUGUUGCACUGACCCCCAAAAGUUCCCACUACCUGUGCGCUGACCCCCAUCAGUGCCACCACCCACUGACCCUCACUAACCCCAGGAGUGCCCAGUAUGCCAGCCACCUACCUAGGUCGUGUGGUGUUCUGGUUGUUCUGCUUCUCGUGUGUGAUUCUCUACACCUCGUACACGGCUCUCCUCACCUCCUACCUCACCGUAUCCACCAAGACGCCUCCCUUCACCACCUUUAACGCCGCCGUCGCCAGCCACCCCACCUGGCAGAUAGGCAUCAUGAGAGGAACCCCGCUGCUACAGUUUCUUAUGGAAGCCAAAGGAGGUGACUACGCAGUGUUGUCAACGCGUCUUAAGGACCAUCCGCACCUAACUGUAAGCACAGAGGAAGAGGGCGUGGCCAGGCUCCUCACUGAAAACUACGCCUUCCUCACUACCAACCAGCUGAUGACUUAUAUGUACAGGAAAAACUGCUCCGUAAAGCAGAUCGACAUCAACCUCUUCCCCAGCUACGGCCACAUGGGUUACGCUAAGAACCUUCCCUUCGCCGGAAUACUCGACAUGGAGAUAUCCCGCCUAACUGAUGGAGGAGUGCUGGACCGUCUGGAGCGGCGUUGGUGGGGUCGGAAGAUCCCCUGCGAGGAUCCGGAACCCUUCACUCAUCUAGACUUUACUCACACAGUCACUGCUUUCCUCAUCCUCCUGAUCGGGUUUAUUCUUGCUAGCUUCUUUUUAAUUAUUGAAAAGGUUUACAAGAAGUGUUUACGAAAUAGAAAGAAGUUUUUCGUUACUCCAGAGCAGCCAAAGGCACCUCAUUCGAAGAAGCAACAAUAUGGUGCCACCCAGUCCGCAAAUACUAUACCAUCAUCAGCUCGCUCAAGGAUUCUUACCCCCUUGGACCCGUUACCCCACUUCUCUGAGAAUGAGGUUGAGAACUACUGUAAACCUCCACACAUUAGAAAAUGAAGAAAUAAAUAUUGCAAAGAGCUAAACAAUUUGGAGAAAUGGCUCCAUUUCUUUACAAUUCGGCGUCAAAUAAAUUCUAUACCAAAACAAUAUGGGCAGAGUACGGUCUUCUAAACCUGAAUACUAUACAGUACUGUACUGUAUACUUGUACAUAAAUUCAAAGGCAUUUUUGUGGAUGAUUCAGUAAUACUAGCUUUAUAAGAACGUAUUAGCACUUAUGUACAGUAUGUACUUUGUCAUCUAAAAUGUUUUUAGUCAAAAUUGAGCACAAUAAGGAAGUUUUAAAAUGUGGAUGCGACAUAGAUUAUAUCGGUCUGUUAACAACAUAAUAAUAUGAUACUCAACACUGAUUUAUUUAAAUA